UUCUAUAAGGAAUCACACAAGCACUAGUUGCUUAACAACAGCAUUACUUGCUUGGCCAGGAUUGUCAAGACAUCUUUGUUUUUUUCCUUCCGUGCCCGAAAUCUACACAUUUCGACGGAGUCAUUGGAGGGAUUUGGUAGUAAGGAAUGGAGGGUCGUGCAGCUAGCCAUGAUAACCGUGGCUAUCGCGACGAUGGCGACCACCGCCAAAAUCAGGACUUCAACACCGACUUCAAGCCUGAAGACGACCUCGGAUGGUCAAACGGAAAGUCAAAUGGAUCAUCGUCCAGGGGUUCCACUUCGUCCCAUUACGUAAUGGAUGGUACUACGACCAAACCGGAGUCUCGGUACAUGGUCGAUGGUGCCAUGGAUCCCAAUGUCGAAGAGAAGUUGAACCUUGGCAUUCAGAUGGGUCACCUGCAGACGAAGAAACGUGAAAACCGCGCCAAGAAGCAACGGUCAAUUCUACGUAUACUCCUGGUGGUUGUGGGUUUGAUGGUGUGCGCUGUAAUCGCUCUCGGUCUAGCACUUUACUACAUCAUAGAUAAUCAAUCGUCCAACACUAUGGAGACCACCACAGGCAUCAUACCAGGAACCCCACCCGGGACUUCUCACACAUCUCCCACAGGCUCACCACCUGGGUUCAACAAGACCGAGAUUGAAGUAAUGAUCUCCCUGAACGACCGUAACUUCACCUCUGAUCUCAAUGAUAACACGUCUGUAGCCUACAUGGAGGUAUCAAACGAUAUUGUGAACGCCGUUGAUCAGCAGUACAUGAAUGACAGCACUUAUGAUGGCGUGUCUAUAUUAGGCUUCAGCCGUGGUAGCAUACAAGUGAUAUUUAUUGUAAUAUUUCAAGUACCGAUGGAAGAAGAACUGCGCAUCGAUGUGAUUAAUAUCAUUUUGGCUGAGCUACAAAACAAUAUUAUGGAAGCGGCAAAUUCGAUCUCAAAUGAUACAUCAGUUCAAAUUAUCACACCUGUAUGUGCAAACGAACCCUGUGCGUACGGUGGAGAAUGUACUGCAGAUGGGUCUAACUCAUUGGAGUACACAUGUACAUGUGCGGCUGGCUACACGGGAAGCUCCUGUCUAUCAGACAUUAACGAAUGCGCUAUUGCAGGAGCUUGUAGCAAUCAAGGAGAAUGUGAGAACAUCAUCGGGUCGUAUGUUUGUGUAUGUGCAACUGGAUGGCAAGGAACAGACUGUGACAUUGAUGAGAAUGAAUGCGAAACCGAGAAUCUGUGCAUGAACGGAGCGCUUUGCAGCAACCAACCCGGAUCAUUUAGCUGUGAAUGUGCCCAGGGAUACUCUGGAAAUAACUGUGAACUUGACGUUAAUGAGUGUGAAACUGAGAAUCCAUGCCAGAACGGUGCGCAAUGUAUCAACGAAGUUGGAACAUACGCGUGCGAUUGUGUCGCAGGGUUUAAUGGAAUCGACUGCGAGAACGAUAUUGACGAAUGUGCAGCUGACCCGUGUUUGAAUGGUGGGACCUGUGUGGAUGGUAUCAACUCCUUCUUGUGUCAAUGUACCAGCGGAUUCAUCGGCUCUCGAUGUGAAUCAAAUAUUGAUGAAUGUUCACCCAAUCCGUGCCAGAAUGGCGGAUCUUGUGAGGAUGGUAUCGGCGAUUUCACGUGUCAAUGUGCAGAGGGAUUUGUUGGUUCUCGAUGCGAAGAAGACAUAGAUGAGUGUGGACGUGGCAACCCAUGUCUGAACGGAGCAUCUUGCAUCAACACACCAGGUUCAUACACAUGUGAAUGUGCUGAUGGGUAUACUGGAAACAACUGUGAAUCUGAUAUUGACGAAUGUGCAGCUGAACCAUGUUUGAAUGGUGGGACCUGUGUGGAUGAUAUCAACUCCUUCUUGUGUCAAUGUACCAGCGGAUUCAUCGGCUCUCGAUGUGAAUCAAAUAUUGAUGAAUGUUCACCCAAUCCGUGCCAGAAUGGCGGAUCUUGUGAGGAUGGUAUCGGCGAUUUCACGUGUCAAUGUGCAGAGGGGUAUUUUGGUUCUCGAUGCGAAGAAGACAUAGAUGAGUGUGGACGUGGCAACCCGUGUCUAAACGGGGCAUCUUGCAUCAACACACCAGGUUCAUACACAUGUGAAUGUGCUGAUGGGUAUACUGGAAACAACUGUGAAUCUGAUAUUGACGAAUGUGCAGCUAACCCGUGUUUGAAUGGUGGGACCUGUGUGGAUGGUAUCAACUCCUUCUUGUGUCAAUGUACCAGCGGAUUCGACGGCUCUCGAUGUGACUCAGAUAUUGACGAAUGUUCAUCCAAUCCGUGCCAGAAUGGCGGAUCUUGUGAGGAUGGUAUCGGCGAUUUCACGUGUCAAUGUGAUGAGGGAUAUUUUGGUUCUCGAUGCGAAGAAGACAUAGAUGAGUGUGGACGUGGUAACCCGUGUCUGAACGGAGCAUCUUGCAUCAACACAGCAGGUUCAUACACAUGUGAAUGUGCUGAUGGGUAUACUGGAAACAACUGUGAAUCUGGUAUUGGUGGAUGUGCAACCGGAUGGUAUGGCGCAAACUGUGACUUAGACAUAGAUGAGUGUGGACGUGGCAACCCGUGUCUGAACGGGGCAUCUUGCAUCAACACACCAGGUUCAUACACAUGUGAAUGUGCUGAUGGGUAUACUGGAAACAACUGUGAAUCUGGUAUUGGUGGGUGUGCAACCGGAUGGUAUGGCGCAAACUGUGACUUAGAUAUAGAUGAGUGUGGACGUGGCAACCCGUGUCUGAACGGGGCAUCUUGCAUCAACACAGCAGGUUCAUACACAUGUGAAUGUGCUGAUGGGUAUACUGGAAACAACUGUGAAUCUGGUAUUGGUGGAUGUGCAAACGGAUGGUAUGGCGCAAACUGUGACUUAGACAUAGAUGAGUGUGGACGUGGCAACCCGUGUCUGAACGGUGCAUCUUGCAUCAACGAACCAGGUUCUUACACAUGUGAAUGUGCUGAUGGGUAUACUGGAAACAACUGUGAAUCUGGCAUUGGUGGAUGUGCAGCCGGAUGGUAUGGCGCAAACUGUGACUUAGACAUAGAUGAAUGUGGACGUGGCAACCCGUGUCUGAACGGAGCAUCUUGCAUCAACACACCAGGUUCAUACACAUGUGAAUGUGCUGAUGGGUAUACUGGAAACAACUGUGAAUCAGGCAUUGGUGGAUGUGCAGCCGGAUGGUAUGGCGCAAACUGUGACUUAGACAUAGAUGAAUGUGGACGUGGCAACCCGUGUCUGAACGGAACAUCUUGCAUCAACACACCAGGUUCAUACACAUGUGAAUGUGCUGAUGGGUAUACUGGAAACAACUGUGAAUCAGGCAUUGGUGGAUGUGCAGCCGGAUGGUAUGGCGCAAACUGUGACUUAGACAUAGAUGAAUGUGGACGUGGCAACCCGUGUCUGAACGGAGCAUCUUGCAUCAACACACCAGGUUCAUACACAUGUGAAUGUGCUGAUGGGUAUACUGGAAACAACUGUGAAUCAGGCAUUGGUGGAUGUGCAGCCGGAUGGUAUGGCGCAAACUGUGACUUAGACAUAGAUGAAUGUGGACGUGGCAACCCGUGUCUGAACGGAGCAUCUUGCAUCAACACACCAGGUUCAUACACAUGUGAAUGUGCUGAUGGGUAUACUGGAAACAACUGUGAAUCAGGCAUUGGUGGAUGUGCAGCCGGAUGGUACGGCGCAAACUGUGACUUGGACAUAGAUGAGUGUGGACGUGGCAACCCGUGUCUAAACGGAGCAUCUUGCAUCAACACACCAGGUUCAUACACAUGUGAAUGUGCUGAUGGGUAUACUGGAAACAACUGUGAAUCUGGUAUUGGUGGAUGUGCAGCCGGAUGGUAUGGCGCACACUGUGACUUAGACAUAGAUGAGUGUGGACGUGGCAACCCGUGUCUGAACGGAGCAUCUUGCAUUAACACACCAGGUUCAUACACAUGUGAAUGUGCUGAUGGGUAUACUGGAAACAACUGUGAAUCUGGUGGCGGGUGCUUUGCUGGUUUCUGUCAAAAUGGAGGAAUAUGCUUGGAGGGAACCGAUUCUUUACAAUGUUUUUGUCCUUCUGAGUUCAUCGGCCUUCAUUGUGAAAUAAGUUUUGAUGAAUGCAGCAUACCCGAUGUUUGUAGCAAUCAUGGAGUUUGUACUAGUAUGGAGGGAUCUUACAUUUGUACGUGUGAAGAUGGAUGGGGAGGCACAGAGUGUGAUAUAGGUAUUGAGAGCUGUCCCGUUGAUUUCUGUCAAAAUGGAGGAACAUGCCUGGCGGACUUUAACUCUGUUACCUGUAUAUGUCCUUCAGGUUACAUUGGCACUCAAUGUGAAUCAGAUUUUAAUGAAUGCAGUAAGCACUCUGUUUGCAACUACCACGGUGAUUGCGUGAACACGGACGGAUCUUACAUAUGUAUAUGUGAAGCUGGCUGGGAAGGCACUGACUGUGAAGUUGCUAUAAGAGAAUGUGGAUAUCGACCAGGCUUCUCUUCGUCCCGUCCUCGUAUCAUCGGUGGUUCACCGACUCAGCUCGGGGACUGGCCCUGGAUGAUUUCUCUCAGAGAUCGCUCCAAUGUUCAUCGAUGUGCUGCUGUAGUCAUCAACAGUACCACAGCUGUCACUGCAGCACAUUGCGUAGACAAAUUUGAAACAGCGGUUCUGGGUGAUCUGAAACUGUCCAUGACCUCACCAUAUCACAUGGAGUUAGAGAUAAUAGGCUUAGCCCAUCCUGACUACGACAGUGAAACCAUAGCAAAUGACAUCGGGAUCAUCAAGUUCAAGACUCCGAUCAAGUUUGUCAAUGAUUACAUCAGUCCUAUCUGCUUAGGAGUGCACGAUGAUUAUACCCAGUACAAGACUUGCUAUAUCACUGGAUGGGGCCAUACGGACGAAGGCGGUGCUGUAUCUGACACACUACAAGAAGCUACUGUAAAUCUAUUUAAUCAUUCGGAGUGUCAAGAACGGUACUACGACCGCCCGAUCACACCAGGCAUGCUUUGCGCAGGUCAUUUGUCAGGUCAGAUGGAUGCAUGUCAGGGUGAUACCGGUGGACCUCUCCAGUGUGAAGAUCAAUAUGGCCGCUUUCAUCUGGUGGGUAUCACAAGCUUUGGCUACGGCUGCGGGAGACCAAACUUCCCUGGUGUCUACACCAAGGUUUCGCAUUACAGUCAAUUUAUAAAUUCCACAAGGCAUACAAUUCCAGAUAAGCACGACGAAGGUGUAAGCCAUCUUACUCUUAGUUUGGGUGUUUCUGCGGAUUUAAACUUUCCAGGGCCCUUCUUCCCACUGGACCCUUACCGUAACUACAUUGGUAGGAUCCUGAUCAUCACAACACACAUCGCGAACACAAUUGACUUAACCUUUUCCUUCGUGAGCAUGGAACGACCAUUUGACAAGCUUUACAUCGGAUACGGUGGGAAUCCUAAUGAUCUCAGCUCCGUCAUUUCGGAUACUGAUGGAGCCUUCGGAACUUUUUAUCGGAUCGCAAACCAGAGUGCCUGGAUGAGGAUCGUGUCUGAUGGGGAGGUGGGAGGCUUUCAUGCGACUGUUGAUGCCAUAUAUAUUACAGAUCCAUCGGAGGCAUCGUGUAACAACCACUCAUGCGAUGCUGCGUGUGAAGAAUUUUCAUCGGGAUACGUUUGCCUUGAUCCGGAUCAUUUUUCGAUGCUUUCGGUCAACUGUAAUUUUGAGCAUUCCCUGUGUGGUUGGGAUCAAGUGAGUGAAGGGGAUGAUAUCGACUGGAUUCGAGGAUCACCCAGGACAGAGAGUGAUCAUACCUAUGGCAACUCAAGUGGGUAUUACUUAUUCACCGAAACCUUAUUCGCGAGCAACGACCGUAUUUGUAGGCUCAUCAGUCCAAGGAUCACACCUCAUAGCCCCUUAUGCUUCAGCUUCUAUUACAACAUGCACGGUACAGGCAUUGGGACGCUCAGCAUUAUCUAUCUUGACGAACACAACAUGACGACACAGCUCCUGUGGAACACGUCAGGAUCGAGGGGGUACAUGUGGCUAGUAGGUGAGGUAGAUCUCAGUGAGCUGGGGCCAGGUUGGAUCAUCGUUGAAGGUACCGGUCACAUGGCGGUCGAUGACUUCAGACUUACCGACAAUUGUUUCCCACGAGUUGGUGAUGAAGACAGUUACACAGUACUCCGACCUGGUUCGCCGAUUUAUGUAACAUCACCUGACUUUCCGAAUUCAUAUCCCCCAAACAUCACCCGUACAUUGCAGUUCCGUGUACAAAAUGGAACGGGGGCUCACAUCGUCUUUGAAUCAUUAUCGUUGGAACCUGUGUUCGAUACGCUCGCUGUAGGGAGGGGUCCUGACCCCACGAACCAGAGCACCGUUGUCUUUGAACUCUCCGAAGAACCUAACGGACAGCUUAUUUCGGGCUUUAUACCUGAACGGGAGUUCUGGUUCGUAUUCAAGAGUGAUUGGACAGUCUCGAGAGACGGAUUCAGAGCUGUGCUCGUAGCUAUCGAUGGCAAUUUGACAAAUCCUCAACCCUGGGAGUCAACUCCAUCCCCAUCACAAACAACUCCUGGAGGAGAUUUCUACCUCAACCUCGGAGAUUCUUGGAUCUUCACGUCGCCCAACUACCCAUCCAAUUACCAAAAUUCACUCAGCGUCUCAUGGACCGUCCAUUCUCAACCAGGCAAUGGCUUGAUGAUAACGUUCAUAGACUUCGAUGUUGAGCAGAGUUAUGAUUUCUUAUUCAUUGAAUCAUUGAAUGCUACCGACGGGAGAGUGCGAAUCGCAUCUUUGACGGGGUCUUUUCUUCCUAGAAAUAUUCACGUCAACGUCUCGCCGAUACAGAUCCGUUUUGCCAGUGAUUAUGAAACUAUCCAAAAAGGUUUCAGCCUUCGAGUGACAUCUAUACCAGGAGGGUGUAAUGACACAGAAUGCUCAACAGGUGUAUGCAUCAGCCGGUCUACGAUGUGUGAUGACUAUAAUGACUGCGGAGAUUUCAGCGAUGAAGAGUAUUGCCCUCCGUGUACGGACAUACCUUCAUCAUGUAGGAGUAUAGUACCUUACAGCGAGACUUACUUUCCUCAUAGAUAUGCUGAGAGUUUAGAAGCAGCUAUGUAUACAAUGUACCAGAUCCAGAGUACACCUGGAACAGUCAUGUCCUCUAGAAUGCUCGAGACGUUAUGUCGAACGUUUUACCCACAAUGCAUCCAUCAUGGACCCACCAAGAGAGCCUGCCGAUCGGCUUGUAUUGAACUGGAAGAAGAAUUUCGUGUCCCCUACGAGCUAUACAUUGGUGAGGAUUGGCCUCUUGAUUGUAAUGGUCUCCCAGACUCAAUAGGCAGCUCCGAUGGAUCGUGCACAGAACCCGAUGGAGAUUUCCUCAACACAACGAUCUGUGGCACCCGUCCAGCGUACACCCCAGACCAGUCCCGAAUAGUUGGCGGGGUCAACGCUAAAGAAGGGGAAUUCCCCUGGAUGGUGUACCUUUAUGACCUUCGUCAGGGUCAGUUCUGCGGCGGUACCCUUAUAGGACAUGAGUGGGUCGUCACCGCAGCGCAUUGCAUAGACCCUCGCUUUUCCUUGGAUCGCAUUGUGAUAGGGGACCUACGUCUCUCGUCGUAUACAGCGUAUCAUCGUAGCAUCCCACCCACAGAGGUAAUCCUUCACCCAAGCUACGGUACCUUCGGAAACGAUGCAGACAUUGCACUCAUCAGAUUGUCAGAGCGUGUUGAGUUCUCGGACUUUGUGAGGCCAGCAUGUUUGGCAGAGGCUGUGAACGAGACUAAGGAAUACCACAGGUGUAUGGUGUCUGGAUGGGGAGACACUCGGGAAGACGCUGCUGAUAUUAUACAGAAAGCUGUUGUUCGUCUGAUUGAGAAUGAGGUUUGUGAAAACCUUUUGGGUGAAGGUCGGAUCACAGAGCGUAUGAUAUGCGCUGGAUACGAACAUGGUGGGAUCGAUACAUGUCAGGGUGACAGUGGAGGACCAAUGGUGUGCGAAGGAGUCGAUGGUAGAUGGCAUCUUGUGGGUGUGACCAGCUGGGGUGAAGGGUGCGCCAACCCGUAUUCUCCUGGAGUGUAUGCCAGGGUCUCUCAUCUGCUCCCCUUUAUCUACAGUGUUCUUGAAGGAAGUAAGUACUGA